AUGCCCGCCUUCCACCCUUUGAAUCCGGCCGGAACACCCGAAGUAACACUUGCAGUUUUGGCCAGCUCAACACAAACACUGUCACCAAACCGAGUUAAUUUCCUACACACACUAUUUAUCAAAACUCCACCUCUUCAGAAGAUUAAAAGAAUCGAACCAUCCAUAUCCAUAUCACCUAGUCCUAGUCCAAGCACCAAAUCGUUAACUCCACCGUAUAAGGUUGUUCCAGCACCAUCAACUGCUGAAAGGAAUUUUCCACCAUCCAUACAUCCAAUUCCACCUCAAAGGAAAGCACCUACUUUUAGUCCUCUCAUAUCCUCACCAAUUGCUCCAGCUCUUGUUACAAUACCUCCUGAAAUUUUGCCUAAAACUUCACCUAUUAGUCAACCAAUCGAACAUGGCAGUUUGCCUCCUAAGUUGCAUUACCACCGCUUACUCGACUCCAUAACCAAUGAUGCUCUCAGAAGCAUUUCAUCAAACACCAUCAACGCACCCCUCAAAGUCUACUGCGGGUUCGACCCUACUGCCGAGAGCUUGCACUUGGGCAACCUUUUGGGUCUCAUUGUUCUAUCUUGGUUCCGUCGUUCGGGACAUAAUGUUGUUGCUGUGAUCGGCGGGGCCACCGCGCGUGUCGGCGACCCAUCUGGGAAAAGCUUUGAAAGACCAGAGCUUGAUGUUGAAACUUUGGAAAGGAACACUGCAGGUAUUGAAAACACCAUUAAAACAAUCUUGGGUCGUGCUAAAAAUCCUAACUUUGAAGAUUCGAAUGUGAAUGGUAAUGAUUCUUCUGUUGUGGUUUUGAAUAAUUAUGAUUGGUGGAAAGAGUCUAGUUUCUUGGAUUUUUCUGAAAAGGGUUGGGAAGUAUGCUAG